AACGGUAUAUAAGACUUUAGUAGGGUUCAGUGAAGUCGAAGAAACCCGCUUCAACCCGACUAUCACUAGCUUCUGCAGUUCAGUAUGAGUAGCGUACUGCAGACCAUCACGUCAAAGUUCAUGCACCGUCCUACGGCCCAGGAUGAGGCCCAUCGACGACCUCCAGCGAGACAGCAAUCCGUCUUUGCGCAGCAAGAACAUCGUUCUGGUCUUUUCGUCACAGAGGAACUCGAGAAAGCAACAGAACGAUGUAGAACUAAGGUGCUCAAGAUCGCGCAAGAUUGCAAACGGAGGAACCGGAGAUUUCGGGAUAUUGAAUUUAAUUUGGCAGACAACAAGUGGGAUUGCUUGCACAGUCCGGAUGUGAGUUUUGAAGACCAGUCGAGGCCGGCGGAUAUACUUCGAGUGACGGAAAUCUUCGAGAAUCCUGAAUUUUUCGUUGAUGAGCCGAGUGCCUCUGAUAUAGUUCAGGGUGCAUUGGGCGACUGUUGGUACCUAAGUGCGAUCGCUGCUGUUGCGACUAAACCGGAGUUGGUCAAGAAGCUCUGCGUCGAACAUGAUAAAACGGUCGGCGUGUACGGGUUCAUUUUCUGUCGUGAUGGAGAAUGGGUGGACGUGAUCAUCGACGACCAAUUAUUCACGAAAGUACCGAGGUGGGAAUGCGUGACGAAUGAGACGAAGGCAUCGUACCAUUACGACAAUGAUAUGUAUGACCGUGUUGCCCGAAAAGGCGGGAAGACACUUUACUUUGCUCGGUCGUCGCAGGAGAAUGAGACUUGGGUACCUCUUAUUGAGAAGGCAUUCGCUAAAUUGCACGGUGACUUCAAUGCCCUCGACGGUGGUUAUACAAACGAAGGCAUUGAGGAUCUGACUGGCGGCGUUUCCGAGUCCAUCUACAUGAAUGAUAUUAUGGACCCAGACAACUUUUGGGGAAAUGAUCUACUGCGGGCCAAUAAUGAUCUUUUAUUUAGUUGUUUCAUCGAUGCGCCGGAUGGGAUGCUUGACGGGAAAGUUAAAGGCAUCUUGCCUGGUCACGCAUAUACGAUUAUCAAAGCCGUCGAAUUCCGCGGGAAGAAGUUCCUCAAGAUUCGAAACCCAUGGGGCUCAUCAGAGUGGACAGGACGCUGGUCAGACGGGUCCAAAGAGUGGACACAAGAAUGGCUUAGUGCACUUGCUCCUCUCGAACAUCAAUUCGGUGACGAUGGGGUAUUUGUGAUGGAAUACUGUGAUUUCUUGAAAGUCUGGACUGGAGUAGAACGGACCCUGUUGUUUGAUCCAUCGUGGGUCCAGAGCAGCCACUGGAUGACAGUGGAGAGUCGUCCAAUGCCUUCCGCUUGGCAAUUUGGCGAUGUAUCCUUCACGUUCUCGUUGCCAAAAGCCUCCGCGACGAUCAUCGUCCUCUCACAAUCAGACGAUCGCUUCUACAAAGCCCUCGCAAGCUCGUCUUCAUGGAACUUUGAUUUCAUACUUUUCAAGCGAGGCGUUAACGAACCCAUCGCCAGCUCGGAGCUCUCUUACGUGUUGAGAAGGAGUUGUAAGCUCCGCAUCGAUCUUGACGCAGGAGACUACGUGGUGCAUGUUCGUCUCAAUAGAUCGAUAAAUACUAGUAGAAACGUGGAAGCGAACAUGAUAUCCUGGAGCGUACAGAAAACAUCUAAGAUCUUGUCGGAACUUGCUCGCAGCAGGUCCAUUGCAGCGAACUUUGACGAAAAAAAUGGGAGAACCAUCUCGUUCUGCCUCUAGAGGAUCUGGGUCCUCGCGAUCUUCACGAGAUCCAAUCCGAGGAGCUUCAAAAACAAGCAGUACGAAGGAAGACACUGCAAGCUAGAUUUAACUCGAUGUCUGAUGUAAUACACGACGACUCCUCCAGUGGUAGUAGCACAACAUCUUCGUCGUCUUCGUCAAGCGAGACUGGUGAAGUUGCGUCUCCGGGUAGCACCGUCGUAGUCUCCGCGGGAAUGGCAUCGCUCAAUAUUGAACCAUCCGAUCACGCUCCGGAAGAAGAAAAGGGAGCUGAAAACCCGGAGUCGAGAGUCGAGACUGCGUCACCUGCGAAUAUUGAUCAAGACUCGGUAUCCGAAGAUGGCAAGGGUUCACACCCGCUUCCCCUACCUGUACCUGCUGCAGUGCAUGUAGGAGUUACAUGCGACGGCUGCAAGACUGCCGAUAUCGUCGGAAUACGCUGGAAGUGCCGCACUUGCGCCGAUUACGACCUUUGCGACAAAUGUCAUAGUGCGCCAGACGCGCACGAACACGACAUGAUGAAGAUCGAGCAUCCUGAUGACUACAAGGGCUCCAUUGAACCAGGUUUUUUCACGGACGAUAUCGACAAUGUUCUCUUAGGACUUCGAAUUUACACGAAGAAGGACGUGAAAGUCAACAUCGCAGGUCAACUUCGUCAUGGUCAGCUUAAACGUUGGCAGAAAAAUCGCGAUUAGGUCACAAGUUCAUAACAGCAACACCACUCAUGCUUGUUGGAUAUGUAUUUUAAUCUGUCUCGCAGAAUCUGCUGAUAUAUCUUAUGUGUUCCAAAC